AUGGAUAUGAGCGGCGAGAGCAGCAUAAAGCGCAGGCGCAGCUCGAUCGCCGCCUCCGCCGAGCGUCCAGCCAAACACCUCAGACCCGAAAACUCGACCUUGACACCGGGAGACGCCACGCCGGCGAACGGGACCGUCUACGCGGUCGAGGAUGAGGGCGACGCGGGCCGCAUGAUGCCCAUUGGUCCCGCGCAGGCGGAUUCGCCCGAGUGGCAGGCGACGAUCGAGAACGUGGUGAAGAGUGUGGUGUCAAUCCAUUUCUGUCAGACCUGCUCGUUCGACACGGAUAUGUCGAUGAGUAGCCAGGCUACGGGGUUUGUGGUCGAUGCGGAACGGGGCUAUAUCUUGACGAAUCGCCAUGUGGUCUGCGCGGGUCCGUUCUGGGGUUACUGUAUCUUCGACAAUCAUGAGGAGUGCGACGUCCGUCCCGUCUAUCGAGACCCCGUGCACGACUUUGGAAUUCUGAAAUUUGAUCCAAAAGCUAUUCGAUACUUGGAGUUGACGGAGCUGAAGCUCCGACCGGAAGCCGCCCGCGUGGGGUCUGAAAUUCGAGUCGUGGGUAAUGAUGCAGGAGAGAAGCUGAGCAUUUUGUCUGGUGUCAUCAGCCGGCUGGACAGAAAUGCGCCGGAAUACGGUGACGGUUACUGUGAUUUCAACACCAACUACAUCCAGGCCGCGGCCGCGGCCAGCGGUGGCAGCUCGGGCAGUCCUGUGGUGAACAUCGACGGUCACGCAAUUGCCUUGCAGGCCGGUGGUCGCGCGGACGGUGCUGCCACGGAUUAUUUCCUCCCCCUAGACCGCCCUCUUCGUGCGUUGCAGUGCAUUCAACGCGGUGAGCCCGUCACCCGCGGUACCAUCCAGACGCAGUGGAUUCUGAAGCCCUUUGAUGAGUGUCGUCGCUUGGGGCUGACUCCCGAUUGGGAGGCCGCGGUCCGUAAAGCGGCGCCUCAGGAGACCAGUAUGCUGGUGGCCGAGAUCAUCCUCCCUGAAGGUCCUGCAGAUGGGAAGCUCGAGGAGGGAGAUGUGCUGUUGCAGGUCAACGGGGAGCUUCUCACGCAGUUCAUCCGACUGGACGACAUCCUUGACUCCAGCGUUGGCAAGCCCGUGCGUUUGCUGGUCCAGAGAGGCGGUCAGAAUGUGGAGGUGGAGUGUGAGGUUGGCGACCUGCACGCGAUCACGCCCGAUCGCUUUGUAACAGUCGCCGGUGGUACUUUCCACAAUCUGUCGUACCAACAGGCUCGACUCUAUGCCAUUGCCACCCGGGGCGUGUACAUCUGCGAGGCGGCGGGCUCCUUCAAGCUGGAGAAUACCUUGUCGGGGUGGAUCAUCGACUCUGUGGACAAGCGGCCCACUCGUAACCUAGAUGAGUUCAUCGAAGUGAUGAGGGCCAUCCCCGAUCGCUCGCGGGUGGUCGUCUCGUAUCGCCACAUUCGAGACCUCCAUACGCGAGGUACUGGUAUUGUGUACAUAGAUCGCCACUGGCAUCCCAAAAUGCGAAUGGCGGUGCGUAAUGAUGGGACGGGUCUGUGGGACUUUUCGGAUCUUGCUGAUCCCGUCCCAGCUGCUGCUCCCGUUCCGAGAAAGGCUGACUUCAUCCAUCUCGACGGCGUCAGCCAGGCUGCGGUUUCGGACAUCGUCCGCAGCUUUGUCCGGGUCUCGUGCACGAUGCCCCUGAAGCUGGACGGCUAUCCGCAGGCCAAAAAGACUGGAUACGGGCUGGUGGUCGAUGCCGAGAAGGGGCUGGUUGUGGUGUCUCGGGCCAUCGUUCCUUACGACCUCUGUGACAUCAACAUCACGGUGGCCGAUUCGAUCAUCGUCACAGCCCAGGUGGUCUUUCUGCAUCCGCUGCAGAAUUAUACCGUCAUCCAGUACGAUCCCAGUCUUGUACAGGCGCCGGUGCAGAGCGCGAAGCUGAGCACCGAGUACAUCAAGCAGGGGCAGGAGACUAUCUUCGUAGGGUUCAAUCAGAAUUUCCGCAUCGUGGUCGCCAAGACAACUGUCACGGACAUCACGACCGUUUCCAUCCCUGCCAACGCCUCUGCUCCUCGGUAUCGAGCAAUCAACCUGGAUGCCGUCACUGUCGAUACUGGCCUUAGCGGGCAGUGCACAAACGGUGUAUUGAUCGGGGAGGAUGGAGUCGUGCAGGCAUUGUGGUUGAACUACUUGGGAGAGCGCACCCCAAGCUCCCACAAGGAUGUGGAAUAUCAUCUCGGAUUCGCCACACCGGCGCUCCUCCCUGUGACCACGAAGAUCCAGCAGGGGAUUAUACCGAAGCUGCGGAUCCUGAAUAUGGAGAGCUAUGUGGUACAGAUGAGCCAGGCGCGCAUCAUGGGUGUGUCGGAGCAAUGGAUCCAGAAAGUCGCCCAGGCGAAUCCUGCUCGCCAUCAGCUGUUCAUGGUGCGCAAGGUCGACUGUCCCCCGCCCCAGUACUCGUCCACCGCGGACGCUCUGGAAGAGGGCGAUAUCAUUUUGACGCUCGACGGCAAGCUCAUCACCCGCGUGUCCGAGCUGGAUACGAUGUAUGACAAGGAGGUCCUCGACGUGCUCAUCGUGCGCAACGGAGAGGAGCUGCACCUCAAGGUGCCAACAAUACCGACCGAAGAUCUGGAGACAGACCGUGCCGUUGUCUUCUGCGGCGCCGUGCUGCAGAAGCCGCACCAUGCUGUCCGCCAGCAGAUCUCCAAGCUACACAGCGAGGUCUACGUCAGCGCGAGGAGCCGCGGCUCCCCGGCCUACCAAUACGGCCUCUCGCCGACCAACUUCAUCACCGCCGUGAAUGGCGUCCCGACACCGAACCUCGACUCUUUCGUGCGAGAGGUCAGCAAGAUCCCAGACAACACAUACUUCCGCCUGCGCGCGGUCACCUUUGACAACGUUCCAUGGGUCGUCACCAUGAAAAAGAACGAUCACUACUUCCCCAUGUCCGAAUACAUCAAAGACCCCUCCCAGCCCCUGGGCUGGCUCACCGUCUCCCACGAUAGAGACAGACACAAGGACGGCAUCACCCCCGACCAAGCCAAUCUGAACCCUGACGCCAUGGACGAGGCAUUCGAGCAGGUCAGUGAUGUUGAGCCGGAUGUAGAGUAG